CCCACCCCACCCCGGCCCUCCUUCCUCCGCCGGCAGAAAUCAGACACCGGGCCGGCCCCGCGCAGCCCUUCGGGGGAGCGGCGCCGGAGUGCGGGCGGUGCCGGGAGGCCGCCGCUGCCCGGCCAUGCCGCGGCCCGGCUGAGGCGUCCCCGGAGCUCGCCGCCCGCACCAUGCCAUGUGUCCCGCGGAGCCGGGCGGCGAGCGGCUCCUUCUGGCUCCUCGUCCUCCACGUCCCGGCGCUCUGCGGGGCGGGCGGGUCUCCUUUCCCCGACGGGAGGCAAGAGCAAUUUAUCAAGACACUGCAAGAGUACCACGUGGUUGAACCAGCAAGAGUAGAUGCAAGCGGGCAUUUUGUUUCUUUUAAUUUACACCACCACAUCUCAAACACGAAGAAGAAGAGAGAUCUCAGCAAAAAAGAAAAUGCGGUGUAUUAUAAAAUUAACCACAAGGAGAAGGGUCUGUUUUUCAACUUGACUGCCCACAUGGGAUUUCUUUCCCACAACUACAUAGUAGAGAAGAGACGUGGCAACCAUACUAGCGCAAAGAUUGCAACGCACUCAGGCGUUCAUUGCCACUUCAUUGGCACAGUAUUGCAGCCAGGUUCUGGGAGCGGGACAGCAGCAAUCAGCACAUGCAGCGGCCUGACUGGAUAUUUCCAUCUGCCCCAUGGGGAUUACUUCAUUGAGCCCAUUAAAAAGCAUCCACAGAAAGAGGGAACACCCUAUCCCCACAUUAUCUAUGAGGCAAAUAUCCUUCAAAAUGCUUUAAGGAGAAGACGAGCAAUCCCAGUGGAAGAACAACAAGCAUGUGGAUUGAAUGAUACCCUCAGCUUUUUCAAACAAGAAGAGCGUCGGAGGGAAAAAUGGGAACAAAAUCAAAUGGCUGUCAGAAAGGUUUCUCGGCGAUCUGUCAGCAAGGAGCGAUGGGUGGAGACACUUGUGGUUGCAGACAGUAAGAUGGUUGAGUAUCACGGAAGUGACCAUGUGGAAUCAUAUAUCCUCACUAUAAUGAAUAUGGUCACAGGGUUGUUCCAUGAUCCAAGCAUUGGCAAUGCAAUUCACAUUGUGCUGGUCCGGCUCAUCCUCUUCGAGGAGGAGGAGCAAGGCUUGAAGAUAGUUCACCAUGCUGAUAAGACACUAGCCAGCUUCUGCAAAUGGCAAAAGAGUGUCAAUCCCAAGAGUGAUGUCAACCCUACACACCACGAUGUGGCUGUCCUUCUCACCAGGAAGGACAUUUGUGCUGGUAUGAAUCGUCCAUGUGAAACCUUAGGUUUGUCACAUCUGUCAGGCAUGUGUCAGCCUCACAGAAGCUGUAACAUCAAUGAAGAUUCUGGCCUUCCACUGGCAUUCACUAUUGCUCAUGAACUUGGACACAGUUUUGGUAUCCAGCAUGACGGAAAAGAGAACGACUGUGAGCCUGUUGGAAAGCGCCCGUACAUCAUGUCCCGGCAGUUGCAGUAUGAUCCUACUCCGCUCACCUGGUCACAGUGCAGCAAGGAAUACAUCACACGUUUCCUAGACCGAGGGUGGGGAUUCUGUCUGGAUGAUAUUCCCCAAAAAGAAGUCUUAAAGUCCCCAGUCAUUGCUCCUGGAAUGAUUUACGAUGUGCAUCACCAGUGCCAGCUUCAGUAUGGCUCCAACGCUACUUUCUGUGAAGAUGUGGAUAACCUUUGCCAAACACUUUGGUGCUCAGUGAAAGGCUCCUGCCGCUCCAAACUAGAUGCUGCUGCGGAUGGAACUCGAUGUGGAGAAAAUAAGUGGUGCUUCUCUGGUGAAUGCAUUACAGUAGGCAAGACUCCAGAAGCAGUCCAUGGUGGAUGGGGUGUUUGGUCAUCCUGGUCCCAUUGCACAAGGACCUGUGGGGCAGGAGUUCAGAGUGCAGAGAGACCAUGCAAUAACCCAGAACCCCAGUUUGGAGGAGACUACUGCACUGGAGAAAGGAAACGCUAUCGCAUGUGUAACAUUAGCCCCUGUCGAAAAGGCUUGCCCACCUUUCGUCAGAUGCAGUGCACUGAAUUUGACACAGUUCCCUACCAAAAUGAAUUCUACCACUGGGUGCCAGUUUAUAACACAGCAAACCCCUGUGAGCUCCACUGUCGUCCAAUAGAUGGCCAUUUUUCAGAGAAGAUGUUGGAUGCAGUCACUGAUGGUACUCCUUGCUUUGAGGGAAGGCACAGCAGAGAUAUCUGUAUUAAUGGAAUGUGUAAGGCUGUUGGUUGUGAUUAUGAGAUAAAUUCCAAUGCAACUGAAGACCAGUGUGGAGUUUGCCUGGGAGACGGCUCUGCUUGUCAUACAGUGAAGAUGACAUUUAAUCAAAGCGAAGGAUUUGGAUAUGUUGAUAUUGGGCUAAUUCCAAAAGGUGCAAGGGGAAUCAGAGUCACAGAAGUUGCAGAAGCAGGCAAUUUCCUUGCUGUGCGAAGUAAAGAUCCAGAGAAAUAUUACCUGAAUGGAGGUUUUAUCAUUCAGUGGAAUGGUGAAUACAAAGUGGCAGGAACAGUAUUUCAGUACGACAGAACAGGUGAUCUAGAAAAUCUGACUGCUCCAGGACCCACCAAUGAAUCGAUAUGGAUUCAGCUGCUUUUUCAAGAGACUAACCCUGGAAUCAAGUAUGAAUACACUGUACGUAAAGAAGAAAGCCAUGAGAAUGAGAUUGGAGAACCAGAGUAUUUUUGGCAAUAUGGAGAGUGGACAGCCUGCAGUGUUACCUGUGGAAGAGGGGUGCGGCGCCAGAUUGCCCACUGCAUGCGAAAGGGAAGCGGAGCAAUCAAAAACUCCUUCUGCGACCCAGCAACGCAGCCAAAUGGACGACAGAAGAAAUGCUAUGAGAAGGACUGUCCGCCCAGAUGGUGGGCAGGAGAAUGGCAGAAAUGUUCGACAACAUGUGGCCCAACAGGACAGAAGAAACGAACUGUACUUUGCAUCCAGACAGUGGGAUCUGAUGAGCAGGCAUUGGCUGUCACGGAAUGCCAGCACCUCCUUAAACCAAAGACCCAUCUGUCUUGCAACAGGGAUGUCUUGUGCCCAUCUGACUGGACAGUGAGCAACUGGACUGAGUGCACAGUUACUUGUGGUGGAGGGAUAAGGACUCGUAAUGUUACUUGUGCCAAAAAUAACCAUGAGCCAUGUGAUAGUUCCAAGAGACCAAACUCUAAGGCCCUGUGUGGUCUUCAGCAAUGUCCUUCUGCUGGAAGAUUUCUGAUACCCCCACUGGCACCCAGAAGAGGAAAGAUCAUAAUCAGAAAAACAACUACUAAUCCCAAACGGAGUCGUCCUAACAGGAUACCUCUACCAAGCCCAAGGUUCCAUACAACAACAAAAACACCCAAUCCUGAAAGUGUGACUCCCUGUUUGCCUACAUCCUUUAGUUUGGGUAAUGUCUCCGAAAAAGAAGGAACAACCAGCAAAUCAUUACAAAAUAAUUUUGUUGGAUCUAGUGAUGUUUACAGUUAUCCUGUUGUUUCUACUGAAAAUAGUUCACACCAGAAUACUACUCCGUGGCCUUUUCGUAAGAGCUCAAGUACCGAAAUUAUAAAGCAUGCUGAAAAUGUUUCUAAAAGUGAGCCAGUUUCUGCUGUAACGGGUGAAGUGCAAAACAGUGAGUACAUUCCUGUCUCUUAUUUUACCAGUAGUCCAGAAAUAAGUUCCAGCUAUGAUUACUUAACCGAAGAAUCUGAUGACAUUGAUGGGUCAGUAGGAGGCAGUGGGAAACAGAUUGAUCGCCUUUACAGCACAGAACACAAUCCUGAAAUCACAACCAGGAGCACAACGAUAGGUACCAGUUCUCACAUCCUUCAGAAUGACAGCGUGACUUCUCACCUCCCCCCAGCAUCUCUUCCCCAAGAGCCUUCUGCGCUCCCUCCUGUUAGCAGAACAGCACAAGGGCUGGCAUUUCCAACACCAGCAAACUCUAUCAGUCUGCAAGUUGAUGUGCCUGUCAUAGAAGUAACUACCCAAGAAGCAGCUGUUACAGUAAUGCCCACAGUGUUUGGUAAUGUACUGAGAGACCAGACUGACAACAGAACAGAAAUUAAGCUUCCUGGCAACACAACCUCCAGUACACAAUCAUCAGCUCUUGAGAAUGCUACCAGGAACCAAAGUGCAUCCAAGGGGGUUUUGAUGAAUGCCACUGAAAGUAACCACCUAAUAACAUCCAACAGUUUUAUUGGUGAUGCCUACUGGAUAGUAGGGAACUGGAGUGAGUGCUCUACCACCUGUGGAAUGGGAGCUUUCUGGAGACACGUGGAGUGCAGCAGCAAAAAUGCAUCUCACUGUCAACACACAAAACAGCCCGAUCCUGCCAGAAAAUGUUAUCUCCGCCCAUGUGCUAGCUGGAAAACAGGAAAUUGGAGCAAGUGCUCUGCUAACUGCAGCGGUGGUUUCAAGACCCGAGAUGUUCAGUGCAUCGAUGUUCGUGAAAAGCGACUUCUCAGGCCUUUUCAUUGCCAAUUACUUGGAUAUAAACCACAGCUCAGCACUAGUUGUAAUAUGGAGCCUUGCCUGCAGUGGCAUGUGGAGGCCUGGAACGAGUGUUCAAGAACAUGUGGUGGUGGCCAGCAAAAGCGACGUAUCUACUGCCCAGAAGAAGGCAACUGUGACUGGACAAAAAGACCUGAUGCCAUUGUACCAUGUAACAGGCAACCUUGUAUACAAUGGAUUAACCAGACAUGGGGCCCGUGCACUGUUUCCUGUGGAGGGGGCAUUCAGCAAAGAACUGUGAAGUGCAUGAAUACAGAAACUAACAAAACUGAAGAUGACAGUAUGUGUGCAGAUAAGCCCAAACCAACGGAACAUCAGAAAUGCAAUCUGCAAGAGUGCAGGAAAAGCACAGGCCUACCCUGCAGCAAAGAUCAACUGUCGGUCCACUUCUGCCAGAGGCUGAAAGGCAUUGGCAAGUGCUUGGUGCCGUCCAUACAGACUCAGUGCUGCUCCACGUGUAGUCAUCCCCGGGUUCGUAACAAAGCAAGAUACUGGGAUCAGCGAGGCCUCAAGCAACAAAAUUAUACUAAAUCUAGAAGAAAAUCACCUCAAAACCAAGAAAACAACAACCAAGCUGCUCAGCACUAGCUGCUUUUUAUCUAGUUGAUUUGGAUAGGGCUUCUGUUUACAGGUUUUGUUCCUUCAUGUUUUUUUCUGAACCAUCCAACAUAAAUGGAAAUCUGUGAUCAUAACUGGGAAAACACAUUCCUUACAGUUAUCAGUCCUAAUGUACUGCUUCAUUUUUUUAUCAAAUCCAGAAUUUGUAACAUUAUUUGCAAUGUGCAAGCAGUUAGUACUUAGGCAUGCACAGAGGCUAUAGGCAAGCUUGGAAGAAGGUUGUUUCUUUUUUUUUUUUUUUUAAUGAUUGUUUUGUUUGCUCUUUCUUCCACCUGUUUUCCAAAACUCUCUUGAAACAGCAGCACCACUUACUCAAGAGUGCUGAGUGAAGGCGGAUGAUGGGGCAGCCAACACAGACUUCUGUGGGCCAAAUUCCCCUGUGCUCACUCACUUUUCUGUUCUUUUUUUUUUUAAGAAUCAAGGUGAGGUGUCAGUGUUUCUCUAAAUUGUUUACUCACUUCAGUUGUUAUAAAUAUAAAAGCAGAGUUUUAUAAUAACUGAUUAUGAUGUGUAGGCUGAUCCGAAAUGUGUUUUUAAAAGAAAACCUUUUCAUUUAGUACUUGACUGAACAUCUAAAGGAUACCUCAGAAAUAGCCUGUCCUGGCCAGUUUUCUCCUGCUUCAAAUGUCUUGCUCUAAUGUAAAAACAAACAAACAAACAAGAAACAACAACAAAAAAACACCAAAUCUGGAAUGUUAAGUUCCCAGAGAUGCUUUAAGCAACAUUUAUUGGUACUAUGAAAGCAAAGUUGUUUGCAUCUACCACCUGAAUAGACAGAUAUAUAAUUCACACAGAUAAUCAGUGACAGUUCUAUCAUUUAAUCCAGUAUUUCCUGUAGAGCAUAAAGCCACAUGCAGAUUACUCUAAUCACCUCACUCACAGCAAACUUCAUCCCCCCUGCCAUGCAAAUCCCUGAUCAUAGUGAAGGUGAUGACAUCUGGGCUUAGGAGCCUGAGGCCCAGAGUAUCUGCAUAACUCUGGACCUCUGCCCUUAGGAGAGCACCAGCCAAAUAGUGUUUUGAAUAGUGUGUUAUUGAAAAUGGCAGAACAAUGCUUAGGGAGACCAGACUGGACCCUUUGAAGGAAAGCUGGGCAUUUUCAAAAGAGGUGGUCGCAGUCUGACAUUUAGAUUCCUUUGAAAUUCAGUAGGAGUUGGACACCUUGGCUCUUCGUGCUCUUUUGAAAAUCAUGGAUUUACUCCCUAGCCACCUAAUGAUUUGAGAUUGUAAUACAGGGAAAUGUCAUAUUUUAUGCAACGUAGAGUGAGAUACAUAGCCAUGAAUCAAAGUGUCACUAUGGUUACAGAGUUACGAUUAGCAAUAGCUGUAUUUCUAGGCAGACUUUUAUGAAAGUUAAUAGAAAUAUUUGGGCCUGACUAUAAUCAUAUUAACCUAAUGAAGACCACAAGUCUAAUUGUCCUUUUUCAUAGGCUUGUGACCUUUGGCUAAGGGCUCACUUCUUCACUUGAAGUCUCUGGGAGUUCAGGAUAUGCAGCAUGGUGAGGUUAGAUUUACUAACCCCUGCAAUGGCAACGUAACCCCAGUUAUAGGUGCUGAUAAAACUUAAAAUCCACUGAUAAAAAAAUGGUGCUAGUAUAAAUAGCUUCAGGCGAUGACUUACAGUGGUGCGUGUGCAUGCAUGGGUGUACAUAGCCUACAUGCACAUUCUCUUAAAAUAAUACAUAUCUAUGGUGUUGCCGGCCAAUGCCAGACAUACUGCUUUUUCAGUGUCACAGUGUGCUUAUGGCCUUCUGAGGUCCUGAAUGGCUACCGGCCCUCUGAGCAAUAGAAGUCAGGUUGGUUCGUAUUCUGUGGGGACACAGAAGGACUGAGUCAUGCGAAGGAGUGGAGGUGUCCCAUCUGCGAUUCAGAAAGCAUUUAAGCAGGGUUUGGCCCCAGACUGCAUUGUGUAAAGCAGAGCCUGUACAGCUAAGUACAAGCAGUUGUCUGAUGGCCAAGCAGAACUAGACUGGUGGGAAUGCACAGUGGAAGUCAGCAAACAGCCAUCAGGCUUGUGAGCUAAUGAGAAGGGAGCUGACUGAGUGGAGGUAGUGCAGGUGGGAGGAAAAGUGCUUGGGAGGUUGUGCCUUCCACUGCUCUUUGCAGCACUGGCAGAGUAAAACCAUUUCUGGCUUCAUUGUUUCCUACAGGGGGCUGUUAUUUCAUUUGAAGUUGAUAAAAGUAAGUGAUAUCAUGAACUUUAAUGAAAAUAAUCUUUCUACCCAGGGAAGCACAGUCAGCACUGUUGCUCAGCUUAAAACUUUAGGGAAAAGACUGUGACAACACGAACCGUUGUAAUAGGGCAGUGCCUCUGCUGUAUUUUACCUAGGUUUUUACAUUGCACUCAUCAGCCUAAUAUCUCCUCUAUGCUAAUAGUAUUUACAAACAUCUCUGCCAUCCAUUAGCAAGGUUCCUUUCUUAUGACAUAUCUCUUUUUAAGUAAAGGUGGAUUUAUGAUCCUAACCCAGAUGGUCGCUAUUCUCAAAAUUGAAUAGAGUAUUAAGUGCUGAGGCAUAAUAUCAUUGUAUUAUCACAUUAGCCUGAGACACUUCAGCUUCAACAGGUUGUUCAGGAAAAAAUGUGUAUUUGGCACAUUCACUGCUUGUUCUAAUAUUUCAAGUUUUAAAAAGCAAACUACAAUGACAUAUUUGUUUCAAGCUUCAAUAAAUGGCAUUGCUUACA